GCUCCCAGGCGAGUGUGGGAGGGCAGAGCCCAGAGAAUUGGAGGUGGGGCCAAUGUGGGCCCCGCCCCUAACCAUUGUGUCGGAGAGGGAAGUGGACGAGCUCCUCCGUAAGAACCAAUGAGGAUGUGGUAUGCAAAUAAGCAAGUGGAGGCCGCCAGCCGACUUCCUCGCACUGUGCAGCUGCUCCAGUGAGGGCCCAGACUGUACUGGCCUGUGUGGAGCAAGGCGGUGUUUCUGGUGAGUCUGUUGAUUCUGGGCUGGGGCGAAAGCCAGGUUGCCCAGGGUUUGGGAGGAGGGAGGGUCGAGCACACGCAGAUCCAAAGAUGAUCGGAGACAGGAUUGUCCUCAGCGAUUCCACCCCGAUGACUCUGGAAACUGCCUGCCUGCAGACGCAUGGGGGCCAUGGAGCAGAGGAAGGGCUGGAUGCAUGAAGGAGGCGGGGUGCCGGGAGCAAGGGCCCCGCAGACUCCAGGGCCACAGAUGCGUGGACCUAUUGGAGACCCUCAGGUUGUCUCCCCACCCCACGCAGAGAGGAAUGCGCAGCUGAAGAGAGAGGUGGGCAGCAGUCCCGGUCACCUGCCAGGUGACCACAUGGCCAGGUGCCGCCACCACUCGGGUUACAUGGCCGACGACGAGGCCAGCCACUCCAUGUGCAGUGCACGGGUGCAGCUGCCCAAGAAGCCACUGGUCCCAGAAAUGGGGCCAGCCUGCAGGCCGGGCCAUGUGCGACACCCACCAUCCACAUGUGGCAGCUCAGCACUCCAGGGCCAACGCCGAAACAAGAGGCACACUCAGCCCUUUGGCCACUUUCUGGAUUUCUUAACUGAGAGCCAGGUCCUGGACAGCCUGGAGACAGUGGUGGAGAAGGCGACUGAGCGCAUGGCUGCCAUGAAGACGGAGGCUGGGGUGCCACUUGUGGAGGUGCAGGACCCAGUGGAGGUGCCAAGUGGUAGACGGCGGGCACAUGCCCGGCCCAGCCUCAGCACCGUACACCAGCACCGUGUACGGCCGACCCUCUGCACUGGACACCCCAACAACUACCCAUCCAGCUCCAGCUCCAUGUCCAACAGCCAUAGCAGCCUCAUGGCCGGCUGGCUGGGCUCCCACAGCUGGGACAGUGACCUAGGUGCACAAGGCUUAGGCUCAUUGCCACCUGUGAGGGACAAACUCCUGCUGGAGAAGAACCUCAAGCGGCUGCUACAGCUGGAGAAAAAAGCGAAAGGCCUCAGUCAGUCCUGCUCCCAGAGGGACUCCCUGCUGUGGGAUUCGCUGGGUAGCCAGACCAGCUUUCAGUGGACCCAGGAGCAGCCCUUGUCCUGGUUCUCAGGGCUGCUGGGCUCAAGCUCUGGCGUGCCUGAAGCAUCAGAGCCGAGGCCUGGAGAACAGGAGCCAGUCUUCUGCAAGCGAGAGUUCAAUAAGGAGAUCAAGUCGUUGCUGAGCCAGCUGGAGUCCCUCGACCUGCCUGGCUACUGUCCGCUCCGUGAGCCCCAUCGCACGCUGAACUUCCUGGCUGACCACCGCCUGUUCCCCGCCCUGCAAAACGUGGUCAGCCAGGCUGUGGAUAAGCUCCGUGGCGCCCGCUGCCGCGACGGCCGUCCUCUGUUCCCCACCAGCUUGAAGCCCACCUCAGAGCUGCAGGUUGACCGCAAUCUGCCACCUCUGGGCUCUGAGCCGGCUAAACCCACCAAUGGCGGGCAGCCCCACGCUUCCCCCCGCCCCACAGUCUCCAGCCCCAAGACGCUUCAGAGAAAAUUCAAGGACAGAGGAGGCUCCCCCUCCAUGUCUAGUGCCCAGGUGGCCACCAGAUUCAAGCUCAAGGUGACACCCACGGAGAAGCCCAAUGUCCCCAGCCCCUCACUCCAGUCCAGGGAGGAGGCACCUGACUCAGAUCCCAAAUUACAAAACCCACCUGUUUCCCUGAGCUCCAGCCAGAGGGCCUGCACCUCACCCUGCCCGUGCCCGGGAUUGUGGUGGAGGUGGCCUGCAGCCAGGGCCACCUCAGGGGCCCUGUCACACCUCCACUUGCCUCCCCCUACCCCGGCUCUUCCUGCUACCUUCUCCCUGAACUCUCCCCAGUUGCCUCCUCAUCUCCCACCUCACUGUGUCCAGAAGUCUAGCUCCCUUGAAUCCAGCUGCCUCAAGCAGGACUCUCCAGUCUCUGGACUUUGCCGAGGGGAAGUUGCCCAGGGAGGAUGUGUACAAGACGUAGAACCCCGCAGCAGCAGCAGGUUCACGAAGAAGAAGCCGCUGCCCUCCAUCUCAUCGAAGUCCAGCAUGUCUCACUUCUCCAACCGCCUUUAUGAGGAGCUCACCGACUUCCUGACCCAGCAGGCAGCCUCCUUGGUCAUCUGCAAGUACGAGUUCGAAAAGGACCUCAAUAAGCAGCUGGGCUUCUUCUCCUUCCCCGUCACCCACGUGCUCAGGGACCUUUCCCUGGGCUUAAAGAAGGUGAAAGGCUCCCGCAUCCACCUGUCCUCGGAGACCCACCGGAGCUGCCUGCUGCGUAAACUGGAGGAGGCCAAAAGGGCCCGGCAGGCCUCCCGGCUCAGCACCUCCCACCGCAGCACAGAGACACCCUCUGUGCAGCAGGAACCGGCCACCCACACUGCCCAGGACCAGGCCACAGAGCCCUGCUGCUCCCUCUACACCAACUUGCCAGCCAGCCGGGAACUCAGCCCUUUGGAUCCGAAGCUCUCAGUGUCUGCCCGCACCGGCAUAGGCUCCAGUCCCCCCAAGUUCAAGGACAUGGACAAUGAGGGCCGUGAUAAAGCUGAGAUUGAAGAUGAAGAUGAGGAUGAGUUCAAGGAUGAGGACCAGGAUGAGGACAAGGAUGAGGAUGGAGUCCAGAGCCUCCCAGAGCCUGGAGAGGAGGCCUCGGUCAGCCACUCUGUGGACGUGGGCCACAGUGACCCACCAUGAAGUCCCCACUAGCCACUCAAUUCCCUGCUCUGUCAGAGUUGCUGCCCAUCACACCAGCCCCUGCCAUGAGCAGGAGUCACCACAGGCUGAAUGCCCAUGAGGAGCUCUGCUGAGACUCUCAGGGGAGCCAGUGAAAUAGAAAUAAAGCCUGUGUUGCUGGGACACA